CCAUCCAGCCGUGACAUUUUCCAGCCUGUCGCCGUAUGCAACGCGGACAGCAAGCACAAGGAGCCAAAAAGCUAAAGGGACGCUUUCUGCCCAGAAACCCUCCCCAGAAACCGAGCAUCCCCGACCCGGAGAAAGAGGCGCACCAGGCGGAGGCUAGGAGCAGCAGAACCCGUACAUCCACCCGGAGCUCCGGACUACACCGACCCGAGCAGGACUGGAUAUUUGCCUCCUCGUUCCAGGACCAGAGGAAGGGGGCAAAGCUCGCUGGACUAGCCGAGCAGAGCAUCAUCUUCUCCGGUGUAGGACUGGCUGUCGAGUCGCAUGGAGAAGAGGUAUGAAGACCUGGUGCACUACUCAGGGUCGGAGGGCAUGUCGAUGGGGGGGUAUGCGGAAGAUGUCAGGACGCUUCCUCCCCCACACUACGGCCCCAUCAUCCCAGACUCCCUAAAACACCACAAAGACCAGAUCUAUGGUCACCCACUGUUUCCACUGCUGGCCUUAGUGUUUGAAAAGUGCGAGCUCGCCACCUGCUCCCCUCGAGACUCCGCCUCCCUCUCGGCCACCUCCCACCUCCCCGGCAUGAACAAUCACAGCGACGUCUGCUCCUCCGACUCCUUCAACGACGACAUCGCCGCGUUUGCAAAGCAGAUCCGAUCUGAGAAGCCCAUAUUUUCUUCCAAUCCUGAGCUGGACAACUUGAUGAUCCAGGCCAUACAAGUUCUGCGCUUUCAUUUGCUGGAGUUAGAAAAGGUACACGACUUAUGUGAUAACUUCUGCCACCGCUACAUCACCUGCCUGAAGGGCAAGAUGCCAACAGACCUCAUAAUGGACGACCGGGAGGGCGGCUCCAAGUCCGACGUGGAGGACUUCACUGGGUCGUGCACCAGCCUGUCGGAGCAGAAUGCAUCGUGGUUACGGGAGCCGGAUGAAUGUGCGACGACUCCCCUGGGAACACCGGGCACCUGUGGCCUGCCUUCACACAGCACAGCAGACAACUGUAGCGACAUAGGCGACGGUCUGGACGGAGGAGCUGGCUCCCCGAGCACCGGAGACGACGACGACUCGGACAGAGACAGGAGGAACAACAAGAAGAGAGGCAUCUUCCCCAAAGUGGCCACGAACAUCAUGAGAGCGUGGCUCUUCCAACACCUGCAGCACCCGUACCCGUCCGAGGAGCAGAAGAAGCAGCUGGCUCUGGACACCGGUCUGACCAUCCUACAGGUCAACAACUGGUUCAUCAACGCCAGGAGGAGAAUAGUGCAGCCGAUGAUCGACCAGUCAAAUCGCUCAGGUCAGGGUGGUCCUUACAGCCCAGAGGGGGCCGCUCUCGGGGGAUACAGUCUCGACGGACAGGCUCACCUUGGUCUCCGAACAGCAGGUCUCCAGGGGAUGUCCUCUCUGCAGGGUGAUUACCCUCUACUGUCCCAACCAGGCUACCCUCAUCACCCGGGCACCUCUCUCCACCCGUACCCGGGACCACACCCCCACCCCGCCAUGCUGCUCCACCCGCCGCCACACACACACCCCGCAGAGCCGCUGCUCGCCCAGGGACUGGACAUACAUGCACACUAG